AAUCAAUUAUCUUCACCAUAGCAUUAGCAUCAUCAACACCCCAAAAGAAAAAAGAAGUUCAAGAAUUUCCACUGUUUUUCAUUCCUCUGUUGUUCUUGAAGAAGCUGAAGCUGUGCUCUGAUCGAAGCAGAGCAGACUGCAGAGAUGUCAGAGGACAGCUCAGUCAAGAGUUUGGCCGACGAGAACGGGAGCAAGAAGAUGAAGUGCGAGCUGGGGACCAGGACGGUGAAGGGGAAAGUCGUUCUUGGCCAGCCCAACUUGGCCGACCUCGCCACCGGUGUCCACGUUUCGGCCCUCGAUUGGUUCCAUGAGCUGCUGGGCCACAGGGUCUCCCUCCAGCUCAUCAGCGCCGUCACCCCCGAUCCCGAGAACAAGUUGAGAGGGAAGCUCGGGAAGCCCGCGCCCUUGGAGAACUGGAACAAGACGCUCGCCCCAUCCAAGGACAAUGAGAGGGCGUUCGACGUCACAUUCGACUGGGAUGAGGAGAUGGGAGUUCCGGGAGCUUUCCUGAUAAGGAACAAUCAUCACAAUGAGUUCCUGCUCAAAACUGUCACUGUAGAGGACGUCCCGGGACACGGGCAGGUCCACUUCGUCUGUGACUCUUGGGUUUACCCGGCACAUCGCUACGAGAAUGAUAGGAUCUUCUUUGCCAAUAAGGCAUAUCUUCCACACGAAACACCCGAACCGCUCCUCAGGUACAGAGUAGAAGAGCUCGAGAACCUGAGAGGAGAUGGAACAGGGGAGCGCAAAGAAUGGGACCGGAUCUAUGACUAUGCUUGCUAUAACGAUUUAUCUGAACCUGGUAAAGGGCCAGACUACAUCCGCCCGACUCUUGGUGGGUCCACUGAGUACCCUUAUCCUCGAAGGAACAGGACAGGCCGACCCCCGACAAAGGAAGAUCCUAGAGUUGAGAGUAGGAUACCACUUCUGAACAGCAUGAGCAUAUAUGUUCCAAGGGACGAGAGGUUCGGGCAGAUAAAGAUGUCAGACUUGCUAGCAUUUGCAAUCAAGUCGAUAGUUCAUUUCCUCAAGCCAGGUAUCCAAGGUCUCUGUGGGGGUGAGUUUGAUUCAUUCGAUGACAUAAUGAAGCUCUAUGAAGGAGGAAUUAAGCUUCCCAAAGGCCAUUUCGUCGAGAGUUUCAGGGAAAGCAUCCCUUCAGAGAUGCUCAAAGAGAUUCUUCGGGCUGAUGGCGAUAGACUGUUCAAGUUCCCGAAGCCUCAAGUGAUCAAAGAGGACAAGUCAGCAUGGGCCACCGAUGAAGAAUUUGCAAGAGAAAUGCUUGCAGGAGUGGACCCUAACGUUAUUUGCCGUCUCAAGGAGUUUCCUCCGACGAGUAAGCUAAACCCUGAGAACGAUUUGAAAAUGAAAGAAUACCUUGAAAAGAAUUUGGACGGGCUCUCCAUAUACGAGGCUAUCAAGAAGAACAAGUUGUAUAUCUUAGAUCACUAUGACACUCUAAUGCCGUUCCUUCGAGGAAUAAAUGAGACCUCCACAAAAACUUAUGCCACGAGGACGCUUCUUUUCUUGAAAGAGGAUGGGACUCUGAAGCCGCUAGCAAUUGAACUGAGCCUCCCACAUCCUGAUGGAGAUGAAUUCGGGGUAAUUAGCGAUGUCAUCACACCUGUUGAAGAGGAUGGGAUCCAACGAACCCUCUGGCAGAUUGCUAAAGCUUAUGUCUCUGUCAAUGAUUCAGGCUAUCAUCAACUAAUCAGCCACUGGUUGAAGACCCACGCUGUGAUUGAACCUUUCAUUAUCGCGACAAAUCGCCAGCUCAGCGUUCUUCACCCAAUCCAUAAACUUCUCCACCCUCAUUUCCGAGACACGAUGAACAUCAAUGCCUUCGGACGGCAGACACUUAUAAAUGCAGGUGGAGCGCUUGAGAUGACGGUUUUCCCUGCAAAAUAUUCACUGGUAAUGUCUUCUGCAGCCUAUAAGGACUGGGUUUUCCCUGAGCAAGCUCUCCCUGCGGAUCUCAUUAAGAGAGGUUUGGCUGUUGAGGACGAGAAGUCUCCGCAUGGCGUUCGCCUGCUGAUAGAAGACUAUCCUUUCGCUGUUGAUGGUCUCGAGGUUUGGUCUGCCAUCAAAGCAUGGGUGAGAGACUACUGUUGCUUCUACUACAAGAAUGAGGAGGCCGUGCAGAGGGAUCCCGAGCUCCAGUCGUGGUGGAAGGAGCUCCGAGAAGAAGGCCAUGCGGACAUGAAAGACAAGCCCUGGUGGCCAAGAAUGGAGUCUCGGGACGAGCUGAUACAGACCUGCACGAUCAUCAUCUGGGUUGCUUCCGCCCUCCACGCAGCCAUUAAUUUCGGACAGUACCCAUUUGGAGGUUACAUGCCCAACAGGCCUGCAACGACCCGGAGGGUCUUGCCUAAGGAGGGAACUCCCGAAUACGAGGAGCUGAGGACCAAUCCCGAGAAGGCCUUUCUGAAGACAGUAACGUCGCAGCCGUUGACUGUCCUGGGGAUCUCGCUUGUUGAGAUCUUGUCAAAGCAUGCCUCGGAUGAGGUCUACCUUGGGCAGAGGGACACACCCGACUGGACUUCUGAUGAGGUGCCCAAAGAAGCAUUCCUAAGGUUCGGGAAGAGGCUCAGAGAGAUCGAGGAGAGGAUCACAGAGAUGAACAGCGAUCCUCAGUGGAAGAAUCGGACGGGCCCUGUGAAAAUGCCAUACACUCUGCUCUACCCGUCCAGCGAGGUCGGAUUGACCGCAAAAGGGAUUCCUAAUAGCAUCUCCAUCUAAUAAAUUUCCUUUGAUGGGCUUGUAGGAUUGGAAACACUGUCAUAUCAUAUCAGAGCUAUCUGCAGAAUAAGUUCAGCAAUAUGAGUAUAGAUCAAGAUCAUAUUUAGUCAGCUUUCAUUAUCAACUGCUGUCAUCCACAUCAGAAGGCCCGACCCUCGGCCUAAGCUCAAAAAAAAAAAAAAACAAUCUGGGUCUAGUACGUAA